UUAUAAAUAACAUAAAACACUCACGCACACACACACAGUCCUCUAACUCCUCCCAUUGAGCAACAGAGUCUCCUGUUAUCCUUUCGCACUUUGCUCUUCAUCACAGCUCGCGGACAUCUUCAGUAGACGUGAGGCCACAGAGAGACUUCGUACAGGCAGGAUGCCUUUCGGGGGCGGGAACAAGUGCGGCUGCUGCCAGAAGACGGUCUACUUCGCGGAGGAAGUGCAGUGCGAAGGCAAGAGCUGGCAUAAAUCCUGCUUCCUGUGCAUGGUCUGCAAGAAGAACUUGGACAGCACAACGGUGGCCGUCCACGUGGACGAGAUCUACUGCAAGUCGUGCUACGGGAAGAAGUACGGGCCAAAAGGCUACGGCUACGGCGGGGGAGCGGGGACCCUCAGCGUGGACACAGGAGAGGGGCUUGGAAUUAAGCCUCCAGUAGAAGCACCGCAUCAUCCUACCAAUAACCCCAACGCCUCCAAGUUCGCCAAGAAAGCCGGCGCCGCCGAUGUAUGUCCACGCUGUGGCAAUACCGUCUACGCGGCCGAGAAGGUUAUCGGCGGCGGUAAUUCGUGGCACAAAGGAUGCUUCCGUUGCGCUAACUGCGGCAAAGGACUGGAGUCCACCACCGUGGCUGACAGAGACGGCGAGAUCUUCUGUAAAGGUUGCUACGCCAAGAACUUCGGCCCCAAAGGAUUCGGUUUUGGUCAGGGUGCGGGAGCUCUGGCUCACUCCCAGUGAAACCCGAAGCGUCAAGCCAUCUCCGUUUUGUUGUGACAUUCAUCACGCUGCUCUAGCUACACUGAAAACAAACAACGCUUGCCGAUAGUUUUCAAAUGUUCACAAAAAUUAUGAAGUCGUGCUUGGGUUUUUGUUUGUUUUUAAAUUUAAUUCAGAAAAAAAACAGGUAAUCAAAUUGGUUGUGAAACGUUAAAUGAGGCCAUGCUUCACAGAAAUGAAAAAUGUAUCAAUAAAGUACCAAUGUUCCCCCCAAAAAUUGGUGGGGAAAAAAAAAUUAUAUUUCGAAGAGGGGGAAAAAAUAAUAUUUCAAAUCCAAUUGAAAAAAAUUGUAGUCUUUUGAGAGUCUUAACAUGAAAAGAAACCAUUUUUAAAGUCAUAAUACAAAUGACAACAGUCAUACUAUUUUUGGGGCAAAAAAAAUGUAGUACUCUAGAGCAAAAUAAUCAUGAUAUGAAUAAGAAGGUCAUUAUUGUGAGGGGGAAAUUGACAAAAAAUAAAAAUAAAAACAAAACACUGAUUGAAAAAAGAUGUAGUGACAAAAUAGGCCAAUUCUCACUUUGUAAGAAUCUAAUAUCGGAUUUCUAGUCAUUAUGAAUUCCUGCUUUCCUCACAAGAUGCCAUUUUUUUUAUUUCCAAAAAGUCGAUUUGCCCUGAUGACUUUUGCAACGUUAUGUCUUUCCGUAUUCUCAUCAUAUCAUCUUUUUGUCUGAGAAUGUUUGCAAAUCUGCUACCAUCUCGCCGCUCAUCUUCACUGGCAGCUUGUGUGCGAGAGCGCAAGAAAAGCAAACAAAACCAGGUCAGCAGCCACAUAUUUGGACCCGAUAGAUGGUGACGUUGGUUUUGGACCUCGCAUGCCAGACCUUAUCUUGGUGACACGCAAAAUAAAUAUCCAGCAUCCA